UCAAUAUAUUUUGAAUUUAACACUAUAUAUUUUUAAUUUUGUUCCAUUUUGCGUAAUGCAUUUUAAAUUUUGCAUCAAGUGUUCUUAGUUUUGUUCUGUUUUUUGUUUUAAAUAUUGCACAACAUAUAUUUAAUUUUUGUAAUACAUAUUUUUAAUUUUGCCUUUUAAUUUUUAAUUUCACAUUGUACAUUUUGAAUUUUGUUCUAUAUAUUUUCAUAAAUUUGUUCGUUUUUAAUUGUAAUCUUUGCACUUAUUUUUAAUUGUGCAUUAUAUAUUUAUGUAAUUUUCGUUUUUUUUUUUGCUUGUUUGUGUUUGAUAGUCUUUUAUUAUCAUUAUUUUUCAUCAUUUUCGAAGGUGGAGGGAGCGAUUUUUUUUUCCUUCGCAGAAGCAAAAAUCAUUGAAUGAGUUUUUUUGUGAUUUGUAACUGACAAUUUAGAAUGAAUGUUGAUAGCUGAUUGCUGAUUGAUUUAUGAAUAACAUAAACAAGAAACAAUAUCAAGAUAGAUGCUAUUAUUACUAGAAAUAAUUGACAAUUGUUGUUUGUUCAGUGAUUGUGGAUUGAUGGUUAAUGAGUGACGAUUGACACACACCAAAGAAAUCACAGUCGUGGCAUCUUAACAGAAGAUAUUGUUGAUUCAUGGUUAACGAAAGAUGAUUCACACGUUUGACAGAUACACCAAAACAAACCAAAGUAGGGACAUUUUGAUAGAAGGUAUUGUUUGACUGAUUGCUAAUGAGUGAUGAUUGACACAUACUUGACAGAUUCACUAAAACAAACCCAAAAAUAUUCAAUAGGGACAUUUUAACAAGGUAUUGUUGAUUGAUUAUUAAUGAGUGACGAUUGACACACGACAGCUGCAUCAAAACAAGCCAAAAAGCAUUCAAUAAGGACAUUUUAACAGAAGGUAUUGUUGAUUGAAAUGAUAAUGAAUGCCAGAAAUGAUGGUUGGACUGAUGUAACCCCUGGCAACAGCAAUGGUGUUGGUGUGAGUGGAAAGAGGAUGACCACAGAGGUCACAAAGCCAGAACCCUCGUUAAUGAGGCGGUCAAGCUUUUUUGUCCAGAAUGCAGAGAGAGCGAAAGAAAUAAGCACUAUGCCUUCACUUCUUGGCUUAUUGGCAUCUAAAAGAAUGGCCAAGAAAAUCUCGACCCGUCUGUAUGAAAGACGCCAUGGUCAGAACAUGGUGGGAGUGGCUGCAGCGACGACAACAUCAGGUGUAGCAACCACAGCAGCAGCAGCAGCACCUGGGACCUCACUGGGAAUGGGCGCCAAACAUGAGCCAACUUACAGAAUGGAACCACUGAGACGAUUCCCAAAAGAGACGAGCCCAUUGGCAGUGAUAAAACGCACCCUUGCUGAGAACCUACGCAAUGUGGAGUAUGCGCCGAAAGCGGGAGCCAGACUGGUCAUGUAUCUGAGCGAUGAGAUCAGGGACUAUGUGAAAGCACUGGAGUUUGACCGUUACAAGAUUGUCUGCUAUGUGGUUCUGGGUGAAAAGAAAGACCAGGAUGCAACGGUGAGCAGCCGGUGUUCAUGGGACGACCGGACUGAUGGUUGUGCCUGCUACACAUAUGAAGCAAACAGCUGGUACUGUACGGCCAUUGUGUAUGGUAUCUAUAAGGAAUAGAGCAGGAAGAAAUAUGUAAUAUGAAAUGUAUUCCAGAAGUCUUGAGAGUUUUGCAGGAGAGACAUUACUUUCAAACAAGUACAAAACUCUAAUCUCUUUCGAAGUAGGGUCUCCUGACUGAAUUGCAUUUUUUGUAGCACUCCAGCCACUUUGUAAAAGUCCUCAAAGUGAAGGCGUCUGGGACCCUUGUGACAGCCUCUUUCUUCUUCAAAAUGAUUUCUCCUGAAGUUCUCUUUCAGCUUGUGGAACAACCAAAGAUCACAGGGAACAAGGUCAGGACUUUAGGAAACAUUGAAAGACAAUCUGAUAACACAAAGCAGAGGCUACAAUACAAAGGACAUUCCAGAAGUCUUGAGACUGUUCCAGGAGAGACAUUUAUUGAUAUCAAACAAAUACAAAGACUUUAAUCUCUUUCAAAGUAGGACCCUAAGACUUCAAUGCACUUGUAGCAUUCCAGCCACUUUGUGAAGGAGCCAUGGAAAUCCUCCGAAGUGAAGGUGUCCAUGAUCCUUAUCACAUCCUCCUUUGCAGUCAAAACAACUGCAUCUGAAGUUUUGCAUUAGCUUGAAGAACAGCCAAAAAUUACAGGGAGAAAGGUCUGGACUGUAGCGAGAGUAAGGGGUAGAUUUGAUGCCCAUCUCUAUCAAAUAGUUGGUUACCAGAAUGGAAUGGUGACAAGCAGAGUUUAGCAGGAUUUGUUCAAAGUGGCUAUUACAGCCAUCUGCUUCAAUCUGAAAUAAUAAAAGUUGGCAGGUCAGCUUAUUAGAUGUAAAGUAAUGAUAUGCUAAAACAAUAAUAAUAAUAAUAAUAGUAAUAAUAAUAAUAAUAAUAAUAAUAGUAAUAAUAAUAAUAAUAAUAAUAAUAAUAAUAAUAAUAAUUUUGGACAGUUAUAACUGCUUCUAAAAAAAGCCUCAAAACUUCUCGAAUGCACCUCAUAUUACAUGUUGAUUGAUAUUGUGACUUAGGGAACAUCAUCAUAAACACUAUUACAACAUUAAUAAGCAUAUACACACGUGUGUGCGCGCACACACACACACACACACACACAGCACAAGUACAUAAACACCCUGUACGUCUGGCCAUUAGUCUGUAUACUUUUAUCCUUUCGCUAUAUUGUCAUCUGCUGCUAUUCCAUCUUUAUUGGUAUAUCACCAAAAAAUAUCCACAAAGUGACAUUUUAGGGAAACACAAUCUUACAUAAAGUCAUAUGAUGUUGUAUAUUGUUGUUACAUGUCAAACUGUAUAUUGUAUU